AUGUCUGGAUCAUCUAAGAACUUCGUUGAUGACCCAAUUAAGUCCUUUGGAUAUUAUAACUUUCUUCCUGGUGCCUUGGAAGAAUUUGAAAAUGAUAACGACUUAGUUAUUUUGCCCCCUGAUGUCGACAAUCUGACUGUUGAGGAAUUCAAUGCAAACGAGUUGAUGUUUCUAGAAAUGCGAACUGAUGUUGCUGGAAGGAUUGAGGUAGUAAAGACUAACCCUUCCGAUGAUCAUUGGGAUAGCAGCGAUGACGAAAGAUCCGGGGGGGCUGAAGAUGACGAAGAAGAUAAUGUAUCCGAUAGUGAACAUGAAACAAAUUUAAAGCAAUCCGACGACGAUAAUGUUGCCGUUAUAGAUAAUUAUGUCGCCAGUGAAGGUGAGGAGGACGAAAAAGAGAUGGAAGUUAAGAACAGUACCGAUGGUGGAAUUCCGGCUGUUGACGGUCCUGGUAUGGCGAAUUCCGCAGGUACUGUAUCUGAAAUAUCAGAUGUGGAUGUUGAGCUCUCAUUUGGCGUUGACGAAGAAAGAACGCUCUUUUCGGUUAAAGACGGUUAA